AUUUAAUGAUUGACAAUACUUUUGAACUCAAAAAAAUUCUCGGCAAAGGAGGUAGUUCCAAAGUCUUCCUUGCCACUGAUGCUGCUCAAACCCAAGUCGCAAUCAAGACAAUGCGUAAAGACAAGAAAUACUCCCAACAAGUGAUAGAGACACUCGUCAAGAGAGAAGCUGAUAUGCUAUCAACUCUGGAAGGCCAUCCAAACAUUAUCCGGUGAAUGGGUUCCGAACUCAAUGGAACCUUCACCAUCCACAACAAGUCAGAGCCUGUGGUCUACAAUGUGCUCGAGUAUGCUGAAAAUGGAGCCUUCUCAGCCUUUGUGAGAAGCACUGGACCCAUCGAAGAACAAAUUGCAAGGCUCUUCACUGCACAAGUCUGAAGCGCCGUAAACCACAUGCACAGUCUCGGGUAUGCCCAUCUCGACAUAAAGUUGGAAAACAUUCUGCUGGAUGGAUUGUUUAACGCCAAGCUUGCUGACUUGGGGUCUUGCAUUGAAGCUCCUGAGUUUGACACCAUGGUCGACAGACGCAGAGGGACGCUUAGUUACAUGGCUCCUGAAGUUGCCAACUUGGAAUCUGGUCAAUCGUUCAUGGCCAUCCCUGCUGACAUUUACUCGCUAGGAGUGACAAUUUAUGUUAUGAUUACAGGAGAAUUUCCAAGUGCCCAAAUGCUGAAACAAAACGUGUCAACAUCGGAUUGUGAUGCCAAGACCUCAUGAGAUGUUGACAUGGAAGAUGAAGAAAGCAACUCUGGAUGGAACCUUGUAUCAUCCGAACUUAAAGAGCUACUUCAGUCGAUGACUCAUCCAGACCCAUACAAGCGACCUUCAAUGCUAGAAGUCUUGUCUCAUCCAUGGGUAGACUGAGAGUUCAGCCAAGAGCUGAUGGAAGAAGCCUACCAAGAAAUGUCGAGUCGGAAGGCUUACAUGAAGACAUUACCAAAUUCAUGCCAAUAACUAUAAUGGAGUGUUGUUUAAUAAAAUGUUUCACUAA